AUUUUGGAGCAAUGUCGUAAUUAUACAAAAACUCUCUCUAGAGAUGUAGAGAGAGAGAGAGAGGGGAACGACCAACACGACGACAAAGACGAGGAAGAAGAGUUUCUAGGGUUUCGAUUUAUGUACAUACCCUCCCUCUCUCUCUUCGAUUUCUCCUUCGGAUUGGAUCUCUCCUCUUUGAUCCCACCGCUCCCUGAUCGCCAUGGCCGAUCCGCGGAGCUCCUCCCCUCUCACAGCCCCCGCGGCGGCGGCGGAGCCGGGCGACGACGAGAUCGACCUCGAAUCCGGCGCCGGGGAGCAGUUCCAAUGCCGAAUCUGCCUCGAAACCGACGGUAGGGAUUUCAUAGCGCCGUGCAAGUGUAAGGGGACUUCGAAGUACGUUCACCGCGAGUGCCUUGAUCACUGGCGAUCUGUAAAGGAAGGUUUUGCAUUUUCCCAUUGCACAACCUGCAAGGCUCCUUACUAUUUGAGGGUUCAAAUUCACACUGAUAGGAAAUGGAGAACUUUGAAGUUCCGUUUCUUUGUAACUCGAGACAUGCUAUUCAUCUUCAUAGUAGUUCAACUUGUAAUCUCAUCAUUGGCCUAUCUGGUAUAUGUAAUUGAUGGUUAUCAGCAAUACUGGUUGCGGUUGGCAUGGGGCUUCGACAGUGAAGUUAGUUUCUACUAUAUAUGCGGGGCACUUUUGUUCUUUGCCCUGCUUGGGUUUUCUGGAUGCUUUAUAACUUGCUAUGAUCGAAGAGUGCGGAAUGAUUUGGCUCAGCCUUGUCGAGAAUUAUGUCUCUGUUGCUGCCACCCAGGAAUGUGUGCAGAUUGCCAUCUACCCGGCACGCUCUGCAUGUGGACUGACUGCACUGCAUGCUUCGAGGGUUGUGCGGGCACCGCAGGCGAAUGCGGUGGUUGCUUAAGUGGGGCCGGGGAGGCUGGCCUGCCCCUGCUGCUUAUAAUUGGAAUAAUUGUGCUUGGGUUAUUCACAGUUAUCGGUAUAUUUUAUAGCGUUCUCGUGGCAACAAUGGUCGGCCAGCGGAUCUGGCAGCGGCAUUAUCAUAUACUUGCUAAAAGGAUGCUAACGAAAGAGUAUGUAGUUGAGGAUGUUGACGGCGAGGGAACAAAUUGGUGCCCACCGCCACUUCCCCCGGAGCAUGUUCAUCAGCUUAGGGCUCUCGGACUGUUGUAACCCCUAUUCUGAUAAACUCAUUGCACUUAAUUCCGAGCUUCGCAAACUGUACUUUGAAUUCUGUGUUCGUAAAUACAUUGUACACAACGAUGAUACCAUUGUAAGAGUUCUACUGGAGGAACAGUGUAUUGUGAAAUGAGCACCUUACCGUUGUGAGUGUAUUCUGAUAAACUCAUUGCACUUAAUUCUGAGCUUUGCAAAAUGUAAUUUGAAUACUGUGUUCAUAAAUAAUACCUUGUACACCGCAAUGAUACCAUUGUAAGAGUUCUAUUUGAGGAGCAUUGUAUUGUGAAAUGAGCACCUUACCUUGGAAAUUUCGAUAA